AUGGAAGGAACAUCAAAUGGACCAAAUUUGGGAACCGAAGAGGACGAGUCAGAACUGAAAGAAAAUGAAUGGGACGAGGCAAAACGGGAUGGGAAAGAAUGGAACGAUGCGGAACGAGACGGGAAGAAGCAGGAUGAGGCAGAACAGAAAGAAAAUGAACGGGACGAGGCAAAAUGGUAUGUGAGUGAAUAUGACGGAGAGGAACGAGACGCGAAGAAAUAG